AUGUACAACGCAUAUCUUGAAUCGUUCCACAAUCUCCAGGCCAAGUCGAACGCGUUCCGGCAACGUCUUGAUGGCCAGCGUGCUGGAGACGGUACCCUUUUUAGUGAAGCAGCCGCUUUACUAGACAAGGCCAAUGACGCCGCCUUUGAGGGACUUGAGACCUUAGUCGUCCAGCUCUUGCAGAUAGCGGAUGGCGACUCGCCUGUCGGUAAAGACGCUGUCCCACAGCUCUCCAUUGCUAUCGAGCUCUUCCACAAGCUGGCUAAGUCCUGUGAAGGUUCCGUUGACCGUAUCGGUCAGGAGUUCAUAGGUACGACUCAGUACGGCGGUGAAAACAAGCAGCUACAGGAUGACAUCCAGGUCCUCCUCAACAACAUCAGCGGGGAGGUUCUUGGCGCGCAGGACGUGCUUCGAAGGGCUGAAUACUCUUCAAGGAGCUGCUCUGAGCGUUUGGCGACUGCUGAAAGCGAUUUGAGGGAUGCGAAAGAUAAGAAAGAUGGCUGGUACGACGUGUCCUCCUUCUUUGGAGGAGGCGGAGACAUCGACGACCAAGUUCGAGUAAACGAGCGAAACGUCAAUAACUGCCAACAAGAUUGGGAUAAUGCCAAAAGGACUGAGAACGACUGCAGGAAUAACCAUUCCAAUCUGCAGAGCUUGAUCCCAAAGGUACAGGAGCUUACAAGACUCUUGGAUGAUCUCUUCUGGCAGAUGAAUGCUGAGUACGAGAAGAUUGUCAAGGACAGAAAGAUUAUCGAACGGACUUGGGUAGCUACUAGGACGCUUGACUAUCACGUCAGCACCAAUGAUGUCGACACCUCCCGCGAUGACAUUCUACGCCAUGUGGUUCAGUUGAUCCACAUGAGAGUGGAACAAGUAGAUGAGGAUCCUGAUGUACAGCGAUUCAAAGAGAAUAUUGAGAGACGGAUGCGCGAGGCGCUGGGUGAGGCUCAGGUGGAAGAGCUCCACCACGAGAGGAAAUUCCUCCCCAUGGAAGAUGUCGACUUUUAG